AUGGAAUCUAUUAACGUAUCUAUUGAUGAUUACUACACUAGACAGGAGGAAAUCUUUGCAGAAACAUCACCUACCUUCAGAUCAGAAUCAGAAGACUCACCAACUACUGAUGAACAGGAAGAGAAUGCUGACAAUAUCCUCGAGCCAGCUCUUCAAAUGAAAAGAGGAUUCAAGCAAGUCCAAAAAGAUCAUUCUCAUCAAGACAUUCUUGGACAAAUCUCUGAUGGUCUCAAAACUAGAAGCCAAACAACUCCACAGUGUGGUUUUGUUUCCCUAAUUGAACCAAAGAAUGUCAAGGAAGCUCUACUGGAUGAUGAAUGGAUUAGUGCUAUGCAGGAAGAAUUAAAUCAGUUCACUAGGAAUGAUGUGUGGUACCUGGAAGAAGUCUAUGUGGAACAACCUCAAGGUUUCAAAGAUCCACAUAAUUUGAAUCAUGUUUAUAGACUCAAGAAAGCCUUGUAUGGGUUAAAGCAGGCUCCACGAGCCUGGUAUGAAAGGCUCUCCACCCAUCUGGUGUAUGUUGAUGACAUUGUCUUUGGCUCUACGUCUAAAUAUCUUGUAAAUGAAUUUCAAUCAGUCAUGGAAAGUGAAUUUGAAAUGAGCAUGUGUGGGGAACUAACCUUUUUCCUUGGGAUACAAGUAAAGCAACUUGAUACAGGUAUCUUUCUCUCUCAAACCAAAUAUGCGGAGAAUCUUAUCAAGAAAUUUGGGCUUGAAUCCAAGAAGGUGGUUACAAAUCCUAUGAGCACCACUACAAAGCUGAGCGAGGAUCUAAAUGGAAAAUCAAUUGACUCCACUCUCUAUAGAAGCAUGAUUGGAAGCUUACUGUAUCUAACAGCCAGUAGACCUGAUAUUUCUUACAGUGUGGGAGUGUGUGCUCGAUUUCAAGCAAAUCCCAAAGAAUCACACUUGGAGGCUGUCAAAAGAAUCAUCAGAUAUAUCUCAGGUACAAUUGACUGUGGCAUUUUCUAUACCUUUGACACUAACGUAGAAAUUGCAGGAUAUUCUGACGCUGACUGGGGAGGAAACUUAAAGAAUAGAAAAAGUACUUCAGGGGGAUGUUUCUUCAUAGGCAACAAUUUGGUUGCUUGGCAUAGCAAGAAACAAAAUUGCAUCUCUCUUUCUACUGCAGAAGCUGAGUAUGUUGCAGCUGGGAGUUGUUGCACGCAAAUGCUUUGGAUGAAGCAAAUGCUCCAUGACUAUGGCAUCUCUCAAGCUUAUGUGGUGGCCUCCUCAUUGUUUAAUGUCCAGAGAGAUUCGGUGAAAUAG